AUGUCAAAAAAUAAUUCCAUAAUUUUAAAUAAAUCAACCGCACCAAAACCUUCAAUACCCUUCACUAUAUUACCAAGUCCUUUUCAAACUGUAAUUGUGAUCAGUGCAGCACAGUAUCAACAAGCCAUACAAAAAACAAAUGAACUUGACAAUGAAAUUAAAAAUACUGGAGUAAAUCUAACGCUUAUUCAAGAAGUUAGCAAGAAAAAAAAGAUCGAUUAUUCAAAUAUUAUUUCAGAGUUAAUUCCUUUAUACGCAAAAAUCAAUCGAUUAAUUCCGUUAUAUUAUAUUGUCACAAAGAACAAUGACAUGGCAGCAAGGAAUUUCAUAACUAUGAAAUAUCGUAUCCAACAACAAAUUAUAUCACUUCCUGAUGAAUUAUUUUUCUUAAGGAUCGAUGAAUUACAAAGACACAAAGAAUUGCUUUAUCAACUUGAAAAAUAUGAACCUGAAUUAGAAAAAUUACAAAAUUCUGGAGGUGCGCUGGCGAAAUUUUUAUCUUUGGUUGGAGACGGCGAUUCAUUUGGUCAACUUUCAAGUCAAGUUGGAGAUUUAUUUGUGCCAAAAUUGUAUGGCAAUUUAGGCAUUUUAGAGUUUACAAAAGUGGAAAUAGAGAAUCAUAUAAAUGUUAGACAUUGGGUUAAUUAUUGGAAGAAAUAUGAUAAUAAUUAA